CAUAUACAUGCAUUCGACCCGAGCCUCGCACUUUCCUCUUACCGGCCGUCUACAACAGUACGGCCCCGGCCCUUCGAAUACUGCUCCUUGACCGUGAUCGCGUUUACGACACCCUCUCUUGUUCAGCAGUGCGACUCCAAGAUUUCGCAUAAGGCCGAGGAGCUUCUGGGCAUUACCCACCACAAAUCCACCACAAUCCGGCUAAGCGGCACCGCGAAGGAAUCCUGCGAACACCAUGGCGUGGGACCACCUCUCCAUCAACAAGCCGCACUUGGUGUACAUCAUCUUGGGCGGGUUCACCACUCUGUUCAUGUUAUGCUCCUCAGUAAUCAAAGAGCGCUUGUACAUUGGUGAAGCUACAGUUGCAACACUCUGUGGUAUCAUCUUCGGCCCGCACGCUGCGAACUUGAUCGACCCAGGAACGUGGGGCAACGUUGACUUCAUUACCCUGGAGUUCUCAAGAAUCGUACUGGUUGUGCAAUGUUUCGCUGUUGGUGUCGAAUUGCCAAAGGCAUACAUGGAGAAACACUGGAAAUCUGUCACUUUGCUGCUCAUUCCGGUCAUGACUUUUGGCUGGCUGAUCACAAGUCUGUUCAUCUGGGGCCUCUUCAGCUCUCAUGUGAAUUGGCUCGACAGCCUGUGCAUUGCUGCUUGCGUUACGGCCACUGAUCCUGUCCUGGCUUCGUCCGUUGUCGGAAAGGGCAAGUUCGCGAAGCGUGUUCCUAAGCAUUUGCGAGACUUGCUUUCGGCCGAAUCAGGCUGUAACGAUGGCAUGGCCUUCCCGUUCAUCUAUCUGGCUAUCUACUUGAUUCGCUACCGUCCGGAUGCCAACAAGGUCGCCUUCCACUGGAUUUGCUACAGCAUCCUCUACGAAUGUCUGUUCGGUGCCGUAUAUGGCGUCAUCAUCGGUUAUGUCGCUCGCCGUCUGAUUCGGUAUGCUCACGAAAAAGACCUGAUUGAUCGAGAGAGUUUCCUCGUGUUUUACUUCGUUCUAGCUCUGUGGUGCGCCGGUUCGGGUGCAUUAUUAGGCUUGGAUGAUCUACUCGUAGGCUUCGCCUGUGGAGUCGGGUUCUCGAACGAUGGAUGGUUUCUUGAGAAGACGGAAGAGUCGCACGUUUCCAACGUUAUCGAUUUGCUCAUCAACUUAGCCUUCUUCGUGUACUUCGGCACGAUCAUUCCUUGGGCACAGUUCAACCAGCCAGAACUCCUCGGUCUCACUCCAUGGCGUCUGGUUGUCUUAGGGUUACUGGUGCUCUUUUUCCGCCGAAUUCCCAUCAUGCUCAUGCUCAAACCUAUCAUUCCGGACAUCAAGACAUGGCGAGAGGCUUCAUUCGCUGGUCACUUUGGACCUAUUGGUGUUGGUGGUCUCUUCGUUGCUAUCCUCGCAAGGGCUGAGUUGGAGACCGAGUCCACAACCCCUCUAGCCGUACUUCCGGAAGAGGGAUUCGAACACCUCAACAUUAUUGAGCUUAUCUGGCCUAUUACAUGUUUCCUGGUCAUUGUUAGUAUCAUCGUCCACGGAAGUUCCAUCGCCGUUUUUACUCUGGGCAAGCGCAUCAACACACUCACGAUCUCUAUGUCCUACACACAAGCCAACGAAGAUGGGCCAAGCUGGAUGGAUCGUCUCCCACGCAUUCAGUCUCGAUCGAAAUCACAGAUGUCUGGUCGUCGAUUUUCAGAGUCGUCCAUGGAGGAAAAGACUGGAGACUCUGGUGAGACAGGACCGGGUCUACUUCCGCCUCCAGGAUAUGCCGGCAACUUCUUGCGUCGACAGAAGGAGGAGGAAAACCCAAGCCGAUCAGGAUCUGUCCGACCAACAGCUCGGCAACGAAAAUCGAAAUGGGAUGCUGGUCUUGGUCCAGGCGGCCCCAUCUCACAGUCCGCCAUUCACCCGAACAGGCGUGACGAGGAGAAGGCCGAAGCCAUAUCUCCAGAAGACGAUACUGACACGUUCGACGACAAGAUGGCCGUCUCGAGUGACAGCUCAUCGAACGGCAAGAGCAAGGCGAAGGAUAUCCAGCCUGAAGAAGAGAUCUACCAAGAAGGCGAAGAAACUGUUAUUGAGGAUAAGGAGGGUAAUGUUCUUGGUGUCAGAGACAGUCAUGGCGAGCAUGGGGCGCAACGACAAGAAUCAGAUAUCAAGGAGGCACACAGGCUUAUGAAAGAAGAACGUGUCGAGCAUGGCGUUUCAAGGAAGGAGCACGAGGGCAAGGCGGAACAAGCGCCAGCGAAAGCAAUGGAGGCUGCUAAGCACCCUCAAAAGACAUGGCGGAAGCGGAUGCAGAGCUUCUCUGGACAUCAUCAUGACGAUAACGGAGAUGUAAUCGAAAAGCCUAAAGCAAAGAAGCCUGAGCGCCAGCGAGGCCCAGCCCUGGCUUACCAGUUCGGUAACACCAUCAUUGUUGAAGACGAAGAUGGAGAAGUACUGAAGAAAUACGACAUUCCCUCCAAGUCCAAGGAGCCAAAAGAGCAGCGACCAGGAGCAACACGUGGAUCUUCAAUGAUCGUGACGUCUGGCCGUGCCAUGCAAAGCUUGAAAAGAAUGGGUACUCACAUGGGCCUUCCGACUCACCAUGAGGCAGGACCUUCUGAUGCUCAAGUUGCUGAGGCGAAGGCAGGUACUGUCGAUGGAAAAAAGAAGAAGAAACAGAAGGAUACUGAUGCGGACGACGACAACCUUCGUUUCACUCUCACUGCUGGUGGACACAGGAUGAGCAAGACAGAAUUCAUCCAGCAGAUGAGUCAACUGAACCCCAAGGAACGGGCAAAGAUGCUGCAAGAGAGUAACGUCCCCGAGUCUGUCAAGCGCGAGGCCCACCAAGAUGCAAGGGACCACCAUCGACGGACACAAGCUGCAUUUGAGACAAACAUCCCUCCCGUCAUUGGCGAAGAAGGCGAGGCUGAGUUACACAAGAUCGAGUCUCCUGUGGCGCAAAAGGAAGGACAACCUCGUGGCCCUGAAGGUCUGACUUUGGUCGACAGCAACGAAGAGCACGUCCCCUUCCACCCUGUUCGUCAGACUCUGGUGGACCGCUCACGGGAGCAGGAGAAAGAGACUGCAGCACAACGGCGACGUCGUCUUGCCACUGAGCAGUCUAAGGCGAGCCCACAAGCAGUAAGCGACGAGGAAGGAGACAGCGAUGAUGAGACUCCUGCGGAACGUCGUCGUCGUCUCGCUGCGCUGACAGGAUCUACAUCUCCAGCCAGCCAAGCUCGUCGUCCGAUGUCGCCUAGCCAGCAGCCAUCAGCUUCCAUUGGCGGCUUCGAAGGCGAAACGGCGGCCGAGCGUAGGCGCCGUCUCGGUGCAUUGGGAGUCGGUGGAGAGGACUCUCCAGACUCCGACUCUGAAGGCGAGCCCGAAACUGGUGAUCCAAUGGAGACCGGUCGCGGCACGCAUUCACAGGCAACGAAGCAGAACCUCGCACCCCCUCGGGCGCCGGGUAUUCGAUUCGCUGAUCAACCUCGUAUUCCUACCAAGGACGAGCGUGCCGCCGAAGACGCAAGACAGAAAGAGGAGGCUGAGACCGCGAAGAAGAGUAAGCUUAGCGGUUUCCCCUGGGGCAGGAAGUAGACUGCGAAGUAAUAGUGGAGCAUCUGCCACGUCGGAAAAUUUAAGUUUGGCAUCUAAUCUGAAGUUGUGCUAGUUACACGACACAGCUUGAAGGCGUUGGUGGAUGGUUUCGAUCUUUAUGAACAUGUUGUUUGCAUUUCAGC